AUGGCGGACAAGGAAGCUAUUCGCCAUGAUUCUGUUAGUGCCUUUGAUCGCCGAGAGAGCGUCGCGGCGAUGUCCCAUAAUGUUACUGGAGAGAUUCGGAACCCGUUGUCUGAUAUCCCCAAGGACCAGCUCCUCCAGGAUGUGGAAGAUUUCGCCAACCAAAAGAACCUGACGGAAAUUUUGCCGCUUCUUCGCAAAGGCGCUUUGAUAGCCCAAAAUCCGGCCGAUUUUGAGAAUAUCCCCGAGCUCGAUGACGCUGACAGGGAGGCGCUUCGGAGUGAGGUUACCCAUCGAUGGAGACUCCCAUGGCCUCUGUAUUAUACCAUCCUCCUCAACUCUAUCGCUGCCGCCAUUCAAGGAUGGGAUCAGACAGGUUCCAAUGGUGCCAACCUUUCUUUUCCAGUUGAGUUCGGUAUUCCUGACUCAAAAUGCGCCGACCCAGCACUUUGCGACAGAAACGCGUGGAUCGUAGGAUUCGUCAACGCGAUGCCCUACAUUACCAUUGCUCUUUUCGCUGGUUGGCUUUCUGAUCCCAUCAACGAGCUUUUGGGCCGCAGAGGUACCAUCUUCAUCGCUGCAAUUUUCAGUCUUCUCGCGCCCAUCGGAGCUGCAGUGACACAAACCUGGCCGCAAUUAGUCGUUUGCCGUAUCAUGCUUGGUAUCGGCAUGGGCCUAAAGGAAGUUACCGUGCCAGUCUUCUCCGCAGAGAAUACGCCUGCCAAUGUGCGUGGUGGUCUUGUCAUGUCAUGGCAAGUCUGGACUGCCUUCGGUAUUUUCUUGGGAACAUGUGCGAAUUUGGCCGUCGUCAACGUUGGUGCAAUCACUUGGCGACUGCAGCUGGGCUCUGCUUUUAUCCCGGCUGUCCCGCUUGUUCUGGGUAUCUAUUUCUGCCCUGAAUCCCCUCGUUGGCUCCUCAAAAAGGGCAAGUACACCAAGGCCUACAGAUCACUGCUCAAACUCCGCAACACACCCGUCCAAGCAGCCAGAGACCUUUACUAUAUUCACGCCCAGCUUGUUCACGAAGAAGUCCUCCUCGAGGAAUCCGGCCUCGCAAAGACGAACAACCUUGUCACAAGGUUCAUUGAGUUGUUCACUAUUCCGCGCAACCGACGUGCGACUCAAGCUUCAGGCAUCGUCAUGAUUGCCCAACAAAUGUGUGGAAUCAACAUCAUUGCUUUCUAUUCUGCGUCCAUCUUCGAAAAAGCCGGCGCCAGCAAUAUCGAAGCUCUCCUUGCUUCUUUUGGAUUUGGAUUAGUUAAUUUCAUCUUCGCCUGGCCCGCGGUGUGGACCAUCGAUACUUUCGGUCGUCGAGGCCUGCUUCUCUUCACAUUCCCUCAAAUGUUUUGGACCUUGCUGGCCGCGGGAAUGUGUUUCUUCAUUCCAGAAGACAACAAAGCUCACCUUGGCCUCAUCGCUUUCUUCAUUUACCUCUUCGCUGCCUUUUAUUCUCCAGGUGAAGGUCCUGUUCCGUUUACUUACUCUGCCGAGGUCUUCCCACUCUCCCACCGUGAGAUGGGUAUGUCCUGGGCUGUGGCGACGAACAACUUCUGGGCCGCCGUACUUGCGCUUACCUUCAAACGGUUAAUCCGUGCUUUCACGCCAACCGGUGCAUUCGGCUUUUAUGCUGGACUGAACCUUGUAGCAUUUGUCCUCAUCUUCCUCUUCCUUCCUGAGACCAAGCAACGCACCCUUGAAGAGCUUGACUAUGUUUUCGCCGUCCCAACCCGCACGCACGCAAAGUACCAACUUACGAAGGUGCUUCCAUGGUGGUUCAAGAGAUAUGUCUUGAUGCGAAAGCACGCCGUCUGCCCCGAGCUGUAUCACUUGGACGCUCCUGCCCAUGUCGAACUGCGCGCCGACCAGCGUGUAGGAGUGUCUAAGGCCUGA